UCCUUCUCGACCGCGCACUUACUAAAUUGUGCCUUUUCUCCGGAAACUCCCACAGUUCAUUCCACGCCGGCAGGUAGCAUCGCGUGUUCGCGGCACGUGUGCGCUACUGUCCGCGAUUGAGCUGCCGGGCGCAUGUCUGAGGGAGUAGCACAGCUCAAGCAUGAGGGUUCUCAGCGACAGGUAGUAGUAGCUGGCGCUGUCGCAGGCCUUGUGUCGCGCUUCGUCAUAGCUCCCCUCGAUGUCAUCAAGAUCCGCCUACAACUCCAGAUCCACUCGCUCUCCGACCCUCUCAGCGUCCGCGGGAUCAAUGGCCCUGUCUACAAAGGCACCCUGGGCACCCUUAAGCAGAUCCUGCAACAAGAAGGCCUGACAGGGCUAUGGAAGGGCAACAUCCCGGCUGAGCUGAUGUACCUAGCGUAUGGCAGCAUCCAAUUCUCCGCCUACACAUACGUAUCCUCCCUCCUCGAGCACCCAGCUCUGCCAUUGCACCUCCCUGGCUCCGCCGUCAACUUCAUAAGCGGCGCUGCUGCGGGUGCUGCUGCGACGACAGCUACCUACCCGCUGGAUCUGCUGCGCACGCGCUUCGCUGCCCAGGGCAAUGACCGCGUAUACAGCUCUAUUGCGGCGUCGAUAAAGCAGAUCGCGCAGCAGGAGGGACCCAUGGGCUUCUUCCGCGGGCUUGGAGCUGGUGUGAGCCAGAUCGUGCCCUACAUGGGGCUGUUCUUCGCAAGCUACGAAGGACUGAAGCCACUAGUCGCAGAGUCGCCGAUACCGCUACCGCUUGGCACAUCCGACGCCGCUGCUGGCGUGAUCGCCAGUGUCUUGUCGAAGACCGCCGUCUAUCCUCUCGAUACUACGCGGAAGCGUCUGCAGGUCCAAGGACCAAUGUUGACGCGCUACGUUCACGGCAAUAUUCCGGAAUACAGAGGUGUGAUGAGCACAGUGCUGCGGAUUUGGAAGCACGAGGGUAGACGUGGGAUGUACCGCGGCUUGACGGUCAGCUUGCUUAAGGCCGCACCCGCGAGUGCGGUAACCAUGUGGACAUACGAACGAGCUAUGGCAGCCAUGUUGGCCUGGGAGGAUGCGCGAGCGUGAGAGAGGGUUUUAGCAUGCAUAAGUUGGCGUUGACUUUUACGGCGUAACAUAUACCACAGAACAACGCAUUGUACUCGUUAAUCAUAGUGUCUGUGUAUGUCGUACUCAAAGCUA